GUUUUAAUAUUUUUCAUUCACAUACCUAGUUGUACUUUGAUACGUUUUCGAAAUAUUAUAUAUCCAUAUCUCGUGACACCCAGAUAUAAACGUUUACGGUUUAAUAAAUUAACGAAAUAUCGAUAGGCACAUCGAUAUUUUCUCUGAAAGCCUAGCUUGGAGCUUGGUUAGACUUUAGAAAAAGGUCUGACAUAUAAUUAUUCAUGUCGUAACUUUCACUGAUAACGUCAUUUAUUCACGGCUCAUGACGCUGCUACUGCUACGCGGUGUGCAUAAUUCAUUUGCAUUUCGUUUUCAAAAUUAUAGUAGUCAUCGUAAUCUAAGUCGCCAUUACAAGAUAUUACGUAGCGAAUACCGUUACUCGGAGUGGGGGAUCGGACGUGCGAGGGGGGUUCAUAUCAAUUUCAACUGUGCGGGUGCGGUAGGAGCGCGAGUUUACUCUGUCAGUCGGUCAUUACGGUAUUUUUCUGUGUUACGUCCCACAUUCGCGAUCUUGAAAGAAAAAGUGACAAUGCCAGAAAACAAACCGUUCCAGCGUCUUCCGAAAAAUGUCGUGCCUGAACAUUACGAACUGCAAUUGGCUCCGAAUCUUGAAAAAUUUACAUUUACUGGAAAAACCAGGGUGAAAGUAUCGAUUUCUAGUUCUACCAAAGAAAUUGUGCUAAACAGCUUAGAUUUGGACCUAACAGGUGUCAAACUGGAAUAUGAGGAUGGUGGUUCAGUUACAACACUCAAUCCGGUAGAAGUACGAUUGGUGCCAACUGACGAAACCGCGGUUAUAACAUUCGACAAGGCGCUUCCUGAAGGCACGGCGACUCUUCACUGUGAAUUUAUUGGUGAAAUUAAUGAUAAAAUGAAGGGUUUAUAUCGUAGCAAAUACUUGACUCCUGGGGGAGAGGAGCGAUACGCUGCCGUCACUCAAUUUGAGGCCACUGAUGCCCGCCGAUGUUUCCCUUGCUGGGAUGAACCUGCUAUUAAAGCUACGUUUGAUAUAACCCUAGAAGUGCCAGCUGAUAGAGUUGCCCUAUCUAACAUGCCUGUGAAGGAGGAAAAGAUUGAUGGCGACAAGAAAACCCUACAAUUUGACACAACUCCAAUUAUGUCCACUUAUCUUGUAGCAGUUGUGGUUGGAGAAUAUGACUAUGUUGAAAAGACAUCCCGAGAUGGAGUUCUAGUAAGGGUUUACACACCUGUAGGAAGAAGUAAACAGGGUUUAUUUGCUUUGGAAGUUGCAGCAAAAGUACUGCCAUACUACAAGGAAUACUUUGAAAUAGCAUAUCCACUACCAAAAAUUGACUUGAUAGCUAUAGCAGAUUUCUCUGCAGGAGCUAUGGAAAAUUGGGGACUUGUGACAUAUAGAGAAACCUGCCUUCUUGUUGAUGAGGAACAUACAUCAGCUGUAAGAAGACAAUGGAUUGCACUGGUGGUUGGGCAUGAACUUGCACACCAGUGGUUUGGUAACCUGGUCACAAUGGAGUGGUGGACACAUCUUUGGUUAAAUGAGGGCUAUGCAUCAUUUGUUGAAUUCCUUUGCGUGAACCAUCUCUUCCCAGAGUAUGAUAUUUGGACACAGUUUGUAACAGAAACUUACAUAAGAGCUCUUGAGUUAGAUUGUUUAAAAAAUUCGCAUCCCAUUGAGGUACCAGUGGGACAUCCAUCUGAGAUUGAUGAAAUUUUUGAUGACAUAUCAUACAAUAAAGGUGCAUCAGUUAUACGCAUGUUGCAUAGAUACAUUGGUGAUGAUGAUUUCCGUAAAGGCAUGCACAUUUACCUAACAAGACAUCAGUAUAAAAAUACUUUUACUGAGGAUUUAUGGGCUGCUUUAGAGGAGGCUUCAAACAAGCCAGUUGGAGCUGUGAUGUCUACCUGGACUAAACAAAUGGGAUUCCCAAUGGUUGAGGUCAGCUCUGAACAGAAAGGCAAUAAUCGUCUAUUAAAACUGACUCAGCAAAAAUUCUGUGCUGAUGGUAGUCAAGGUGAUGACACAUUGUGGAUGGUCCCGAUAACAAUAUCUACACAGGAGCAACCUUCAAAGGUGGCGCUUUCUACGGUAUUGGAGAAACGAUCACAGGAGGUAGUGCUGGAAAAUGUUGCUGAAGAUUCAUGGGUUAAGCUCAAUCCAGGCACUGUGGGAUACUAUCGCACGAGGUACCCAGCGGCCAUGUUGGAACAACUGGUGCGCGCCGUACGAGAUGGAUCGCUGCCUCCGCUCGACCGUCUUGGCUUGCUGGACGAUUGCUUUGCUCUCGUGCAGGCCGGGCACACUCAUACAGCUGAGUCACUGAAAUUGAUAGAGGCGUUUAGCAACGAGACAAACUUCACAGUUUGGUCCUCGAUAUCGAACUGCCUCUCCAAACUGAGCGCGCUGUUAUCGCACACCGCUCUUGAUAAGCCGCUCAAGAACUAUGGAAGGAAACUGUUUUCUAACAUUACCAAAAAACUGGGAUGGGACGCAGAAGAAAAAGAAAGUCACCUUGAUACGCUUCUCAGGAGUUUGGUUUUGAAUAAAAUGAUCAGUUUUGAAGAUCCAGAGACAUUGAAGGAAGCCAAGAACCGUUUCGAGAAGCAUAUUUCCGAGACAUGCACGCUGCCUGCGGACCUGCGCUCAGCUUGCUACCGCGCCGUGCUUGCGGAGGCCGACGAAGCGGUGUUCCAGCGAUUCCUGCAGCUGUACCGCGCCGCUGACUUGCACGAAGAGAAGGACCGUAUAAGCCGCGCGCUCGGCGCCGUCAAGGACCCCGCGCUACUCAAACGAGUGCUCGAGUUCGCCAUCUCGGAUGAAGUUAGAUCGCAAGAUACUGUCUUCGUCGUGGUUUCCGUGGCAGUGAGCCGAAACGGGCGCGACCUAGCGUGGCAGUUCUUCAAGGAUCACUGGCAGGAGUUUAUGGACCGUUACCAGGGUGGAUUUCUGCUCGCUCGCCUCGUGAAGUCCACGACGGAGAACUUCGCGUCGGAAGCGUGCGCUCAAGACAUUGAAGAGUUCUUCCGCACGCAUCACUCACCAGGCGCCGAGCGUUCCGUACAACAGGCCCUGGAGACCGUGCGCCUCAACGCGGCCUGGCUGCGUCGGGACCUCGCCUCCGCUACCGCGUACCUGCAAGCCUACCACUGAUACCACCGGGACCAAAAAACGAAAGACUGAAAUUCAACGAAGACCGAUUUAUUUCAAUCUUAUAUAUAACUUGUAUUGAAGCGCCUUUACUUGUUUUCUUAACACAUACAUGUAAAUCAUUACACAAGUUUUAUGUGCUAAUUCAUGUAUUUUUUUUAACUUAACAAAUCAUACAUUACAUAGUUAUAUAUAUAUAAGGUAUCUUCUCAAGACAUCUCUGUUCCCACUGUAGGGAUAAAUAAUAUUAAUAGCAUUUUCUUAUAAGGGUACGUAAAAUAAAAUAGCAUAUAUUUCUUUGGUGUAGUUGUAUAAAAUUCUUGUUUAUGAUAAUUGUUGAUGGUUUUAUUAUUUUUGCUGUUUAAAAAUAUGUUGAAUAUAAAGUAAAUGUUUCACAUAUUACAAUUUUCAACCUAGGAGACAUUGUUGCCUUUUUGAUUUACAUAUAAAAACGCCAUACCAAAAAGGCUUAUUGUGUAAAUGUGUAAAAAUAUAUUAAUUUAUAUUAAGUCUGCGGUGCUCAGUGCAUUUCAAACUUUUUUUUCCGAAGAAUGCAUGAUAAAAUAUUAUGCAUAUUGUUGAAGCUAUCAUAAAAUUGAAUAGAGCAUUCUAAAUAGCAAGCAAGAGCAAUCUAAAUAUUUUAAUUCUAUAAAACAAUUAUAUAUAUUAUAUUACUGUUUCCAUGAUUUAUCUUUUAUGUAAUAGUGUCUCAUUAAAAUAGAAAAGUUAAAAUUGUGAUGUAUGAAUUAUAAUUGAAGUUACCGUUUAUAAUAGUGUCUCUUUUGUUGUCAUGGUUUGUUUGUAAGACUGUUUUAUUGCAAUAAAUCGUACAAAAGUACCUGUAAAUGA